ACAUGCCGUUUUCCAUUCAUGAAUCCUAAAAUGUAGUUGGCAUUUUUUUAUUUUUUUAUCAGAUCCAUAUCCAACAAAAUCACCUUUUUCAUUAUUUAAUUAAAUUUUUCCCCAGAAGAAAAACAUUUUUUUGUUUUUUUCAAAAAAAUCAAUAUCAAUUCCAAGAAUAUAUUUUUUGUUGGAAUUGAUAUUGCCAUGCAUUUAUAAAAGAUAAAAAAAAAAGUAAAGAAAAAAAGAAAUGGGAACAUGUUGUAGUAAAGAACCAAAUUUUGGAGAAGUAGUAGGGGUGGUGGAGGAUGUUGUUGAAGAAAAAGAAUAUUAUUAUGAAGGUGGUGAGGAUGAUGAUUAUGUGGGAAUUGGUGAUUUUGGUGCUAAAAUGAGAUUGCAUGGUGCCUCUAAAUUUAUUUCUAUGUAUUCUCAACAAGGUAAAAAAGGUGUUAAUCAAGAUGCCAUGACUGUUUGGGAGGAAUUUAUUGGAACCAAGGACAUGUUCUUCUGUGGAGUAUUCGACGGGCACGGACCGUACGGACACAAAGUCGCUCGUCACGUUCGUGACACAUUGCCAUCGAGACUCUCUGCUGCUAUAAAACUAUCACAGGCAAACACCAUAAAAUAUCAAACAGAAAAUGGUGACGGAGAUGAUAGUGAUGAUACUAAUAGUGAGGAGAGCAAAGAUAGUGAUAAUAGUGAUAACAAUAAUAAAAAAAAGAAUGGGACAAUGAUGUUAUCUUCAUGGGAGGCCAGCUUUGUUAAAUGCUUCAAAGAUAUGGAUGAAGAACUCAGCCUUGAUGCUAGCAUUGAUAGUUUCUGCAGUGGCACUACUGCUGUUACUGUUGUUAAACAGGGGUGUCACUUGAUAAUUGCAAAUUUGGGAGACUCUCGAGCUGUUCUAUGUACUAGAGGCAACGGAAGCCAACUGGUUCCGGUGCAGCUGACCGUCGAUUUGAAGCCAAACAUUGCAGGUGAAGCUGAAAGAAUCAAGAAUAGCAAUGGCAGAGUUUUUGCCAUGGCAGAAGAACCCGAGGUGUUCAGAAUAUGGAUGCCGGAUGAAGAUUGUCCUGGUUUAGCCAUGGCUAGAGCCUUCGGAGAUUUCUGUCUCAAAGAUUAUGGUCUUAUCUCAACUCCGGAAGUUUCUUACAGAAGACUAACCAAAAAUGAUGAAUUCGUUGUUCUAGCAACCGAUGGGAUAUGGGAUGUGUUAUCAAACUACGACGUGAUAAGGAUAGUUGCAUCAGCAAGAAAGAGAUCAAUGGCAGCGAAAAUGUUGAUAAAAUACGCAGUCCGGGCAUGGCGAAGCAAAUAUCCAGGAUGCAGGGUAGACGAUUGUGCAGUCAUAUGUUUGUUCCUGAAAAGUCGAACCGUAUUAACCAGAUCGUUCUCUGAAGUGAGUCGAGUCAGUGCAAAUCACACAGAACUAGCCGAGACAUAUUCUGAAGUGAGCAGAGCAAGCAUUCAUCGCUCUGAAAUUGCGGCAGUUCCUCAUAAAGCUAGAGGCCACGGAUACGAAGCAUUACAAGCCAAAACCAAGGACCCUGAGGGAGUCAAAAGAGUAAAAUCUGCCGUCAAGUAUCCUCGAUCUCGGAAAUCUUCCAAGGAGUUUGGAGCUGUACCUGAAAAUUGACAAUGGUGAUGCCAAUGAUGAUGAUCAAACUCGAAAUUUAAUCUUGGAAAGCUGACGAGGAAAUACACAAAUACACAUUUUUUUCUUGUACAAAUACACAAACCCGAGAACCCUAAUGCUCUUGUUUUGGUGCCGUCGAUCCCUAAUUUGAAUGGUUUACAUUAAUCUUUUUUCUCUGAAAUAGUAAUAGUAAAUAUGAUUAAUGGAAAUACACAAUUUUAAUGUAGUUAAUUUGUUUAUUUAUUUUAUUUUACUUUGAUCUAUUGGAUUUUUUU